UUUAGGAUAAUGGGGACGCAAAUUAUUAUUUUCUAAAAGAAUGGGGACAACCUUACUAUUUCUUCAUAUUAAUGUGGCUGUUUUCGAAGUUUUGUUUGCGUAUUUAAUUUUCGAAAUUCAGGAGUCACAUUCAUAUUCAUAAUAAUAUAUUUGUCUUCGAAAAGGAAAGCGAACAUAUAUUGAAUUUUUCUUUAUGUUGAGGAUCAAGUGCUCAAAUUAGGGUUCCCCUAUUCGAUUGCUUCUCAUCCGUAUUAUUCUUAACAGACAACCUUUCUGCAUUGCUAAUAUAAGAAGUAAAAUACCGGCUUUGGAUGGCUGAAAGGGCUUGUGUAAAGCGGCUCCAGAAAGAAUAUAGAGCACUUUGUAAAGUACGGUCCUUUUAUUCUCCAAGUAUUAAGUUAUUCAUCUUCUUUCUAAUUUUUCUGUUCCGCAUCAGUGACACCCCGUCUCCUCUUCUGCAUUACCCCGCCUGAGAUGUGCUAAAGUUGCAAAACAGGAUACAGAAAACAACCAUUUAUAAUUUACUACUUCGAAGAGAACCUUGCACCUUAAAUAACAUGCCGUAUUGGAUGUUGUAUUUAGCAAUGCUAUGUGUCCAUUUGUGUCUGUGGGUAAUGGCAUUUACUUUGAAUUUCAGGAGCCUGUUUCUCAUAUUGUUGCUCGGCCUGCCCCAAAUGACAUCCUUGAGUGGCACUAUGUGUUGGAGGGGAGUGAAGGGACCCCUUUUGCAGGUGGAUAUUAUUAUGGCAAGAUUAAUUUUCCUCCAGAAUAUCCUUAUAAACCCCCCGGGAUCAGGAUGACAACUCCAAGUGGACGGUUUGCGACUCGGACAAAAAUCUGUCUUUCAAUGAGUGAUUAUCAUCCCGAAUCCUGGAACCCCAUGUGGUCAGUUUCAAGCAUAUUGACUGGACUUCUUUCAUUCAUGAUGGAUACUAGUCCUACGACAGGCAGUGUGUCAAGUACCGUUGCUGAGAAGCAGAGGCUUGCUAAAGCUUCUCUUGCUUUCAACUGUAAAAAUGCAACGUUUAGGAAGUUGUUUCCUGAAUACGUGGAAAAAUAUGAGCAGCAGAAGUUGUCUGAGCAACUUGCCGGUGACCACCAGGUAUCGUCCUUGACAACAAAUCCGGCAGAAAAUGCAAGAGUUGCUCUGUUGGACAGAGGAGAGAACGCGCCCUUGCAGAAUGAUGACAUUAAGAACAGGAGGAGACCGUUCCCGACUUGGGUACUUUUUGUGCUAAUUUCCAUAUUUGGAGUUGUGAUGGCAUUACCUCUACUUCAACUUUGACAAUUGAUGAGAGGACAGUGGGAAGAAGAAGCAGCAUAAGUGUGUGUUAUUGAUUACAUGUGUAUUUUAUGUAGCCUUUGAAAUGACUUUGCUUGUGUUGAGCGGAAAAAGCACACAUAUGAACUGUGGUUAUACCUGUGCAUUGUCAUAUCUAGUUGCUGCCAAAAAUAGACAGAUAUCUUCGGUCAUUUCUUUCAUAGUCUAUAUGUCGUACAGUUUUUAGGUGUUGGCUGCUUGUCUUGUGGAUGGAAAAUGUGAACUAGGUAACGUUUAGAAUCUUUGGAUGGUGAAGAUGUUAUCGUAAAACUGGUAAAAUGUGAGGUAGGUAACGUUUAGAAUCUUUGCAAUGUCAAAAAUUUUAAUGUGGAGAAGAUGUUAUUGUAAAACUCGUAUAUCUCGUCGUGAGUCUGUCUGUCUGUCUGGGGCAUAUCACUGCAUCAGGAUAAGUGACAUUGGACAAUGACAAAAGUAUCUACACAAAAUGCAGAAAUCAUUAUGUUAGUUUGUGUCAUUUGAUUACUGAGAGAGUUUUGAUUACGCAUGGAACGAAAGUUCUUUUAAUCAGUCAAAUCGAGC